AUAAAUUCCGGGCUUGACACGGGGCGGCACUGACACAAACCCCACCACCCAAAAGCGAAAACGAGCAGCCUGCGCUCGCAAGUUAAUCGGUGCCAGUUCUACUGUGUUCAGCUCCAGCUGCAGCGCGAAGAAUUUGACCCGAGCAAUCGAGCAAAGACACAGUAGUAACUAGCAAGUGCAAGCAUGGCGCUGGCGACCCCGACAGCCGUGGUGCUGGAGCUCAUGACGAUGGGGCAGCAGUCCGCGGCGCACCUCGGGGAGCUGCUCCGGGCCGCGUCCCCGACGACGCUGCCGGGGGAGCAGCUGCAGAACCAGGCGCUCGCCGCGGAGAUCCUCCGCUGCUGCGACCGCGUCAUCGCCGCCAUGAGUCGUUGUCAUCCGGGCGCUGCUGCCAAGAAGAAGAGGAAGGCCACGGACGUCCCUGGCUUCGCCGCAGCAGCCGGCCCUCCUGCUUCUCGCAGGGCGCGUGGCGGCGCGGAUGCGCGCGGGGAGGUCGUGGAGAGCGGCACCACGGAGGACGGGUUCGCGUGGAGGAAGUACGGGCAGAAGGACAUCAACGGAUGCAGGCACCCGAGGCUCUACUACCGCUGCGCGUACAGAGGCGAGGGCUGCGUUGCGACGCGGCGGGUGCAGCGGUCGCGGGACGAGCCAGCGGCGUACGCGGUCGCCUACUACGGCGAGCACACGUGCGGGCAGGGAGACGGCGCCGCCGCCGCGUUUCAGCAGCAAGCUGCAGGAACGGCGGCCGCGUUACUGCCGGCUCCAACCGUCGUUGUUGAAUUCGGCUCGAACAACGCUUCAGGACUUGUGGAUGUCUGUCGGGACAGGGGAUCGGCUCUGCCGCCGUUGAUCCCCGCCGGGUCCGGGACGUCGUGGCGGGGAUGGUCGUCGUCUUCUUCCUCUUCGUCGUCGGAGGUGGAACUUGGCGCUUCUCCUUCCCCUGUAAUGGAGUUUCUGGAAGGCAGCUUCGACUGGGAAUCCGUCGUCAACUCCCUCGGUUUCGGUGAUCUCCCUCUGGUCGCUAUGCUUCAGUAGAGCAUAGCAUGUAGCAGGUGCCUCAGCGUGCGAUACAUUUUGUGUCCUGUUUUUUAGUCAACAGAUUUGCAGUGGGGGUUCGGCUGUCGCAGUAGUCCAACCGUUAGUAGCGAUUAGUGACGAUUCGUGGGCGAAAGAACCCGGCUAAGAGGUUGAAAUGUAGACUUUAUUACUACUGAUCCACCAGGGAUUGUAUAAGACAUCACAUUGCAGGAGUGUUCAUCCAGGAUUUUCACUA